AUGAAGCGACCCCUGAGCCCAUCGCACAGCCCCGAGAGCGGGGUGCGGGCGGUGGAGGCGGGGAGCUGCCCCCCGAGCCAGCCCGAGCAGCGCAUGAAGCGGGAGAAGAAGCACCAGUCGUUCACGCUGUGCGAGGUCUGCAACAUCCAGCUCAACUCGGCCGCGCAGGCGCAGAUCCACUACAACGGCAAGUCCCACCAGAAGCGCCUCAAGCAGCUCAACAAGGGCAAGAUGCCGGCAGCCCAAGGUCCCUCCGGACACAGCAGCCCCCUCUUAGCAUCGUUGCCUAUCCCCGGCCGUCCCCUCCAUCCCCCCUUGGACAUCAAGCACUUUCUGACCUUGAGGCUCAACGGGACGUCACCGCUCAACCUCUUCCCCAACUUCAACACGAUGGACCCGGUGCAGAAGGCGGUGAUCAGCCACACGUUCGGUGUGCCCGCGCCGCUCAAGAAGAAGCAGUUCAUCUCCUGCAACAUCUGCCACCUCCGCUUCAACUCUGCGAACCAGGCAGAAGCCCACUACAAGGGCCACAAGCACGCGCGGAGGCUGAAAGCCAUCGAGGCCAUGAAGAACAAGCAGAGGGUGACGGGGGCUGCGGUGGCUGACUUGUCCCCCAGCCCCGAGGGCAGCGGGGAGCCCGGCAGCACGGCCCAAGCCAACGGGCUGCAGGAGCCGGAGGGUGAGUGCAGCACCCUGGGGCUGACACCCAGCACCGAGGAGUCCCCGGCGGAGCUGUCAGGCAGCGUCGCCCCAUUGGGCUCCCCCCCGGCCUCGGAGCUGUCAGAGGCCACCUCGGACACCACGAGCGUGACCUCCCCGGGCGCCGAGGUGCAGGCAGCCGAGUCGGGCAGCAGCAGCGGCAGCUCGGCCCCCGAGAGCGAGAAGGAGGGGAAGAAGAGCAAACAGCAUCUGUACUGCCCCACGUGCAAGGUGACCGUCAACUCCCUGUCCCAGCUGGAGGCUCACAACACCGGUGCCAAGCACAAGUCCAUGCUGGAGGGUCACGGCACUCAGAUGCGGCGAGGCCGAGGCAAGCUCCUCUCCCGGGCAGGGCACAAGUCCAAGCGGAUCGGGAACAAGGGCAGCAUCAACAUCCAGAACAAGGCGUUUCACUGCCAAGUGUGCGAGAUCUACGUCAACUCGGAGACGCAGCUCAAACAGCACAUGAGCAGCCGGAGGCACAAAGACAGGCUGGCGGGGAAGCCACCCAAGCCCAAGUACAGCCCCUAUAACAAGCUGCAGAAGAACGCUGCCCUCGCAGUGAGUAUUCUCAAGUCCAAGCUGGCUUUGCAGAAGCACCUCACCAAGACGCUGGCGACGCGCUUCCUGCCGAGCCCGCUCACGGCUGCCGCCGUCUGCGCCAUGCCCGGGCCCCUGGCGCUGCGACCAGCCGCUGCCACCACGCUCUUCCAAGCCCCGAUCCUCGGACCAGCCCUUUUCCGAACGCCGCCGGCUCACGUCCGCCCCACGCCGGGCCCCAUCGUCUUCGCACCCUACUAGAGCCGCUGCGGGUCCAUCGCUGCGCUGCGGGGCUGCGGGCGCGGGGCAGCGCGCCCGGGAACGCUGCUCUUCCAGCUGGUGGGAAAACGUAGUCGUAGACAUCAACCCCGGCUUCUCCUUUGCUUCCAGCGGGCUCCUGCUGGAGCGGAUACCCCGGCAGAGCCCAGCCAGCCCCGCCACGCGUCCCCGCCGCUCCCCUGCCCGUGCUGGCUCAACAGAGGAGCCCCUCACACGGCUGAGCACAGGAGAGGAGGGUGCCCGGGUCACCAGGACCAUUGCAUGGCCAAGGGGCUGCCUGUCCUUGGCCCGCUGGCUUCUUGUUCAUCACCCUCCCAGUUACCAGACUGGAAGAAGAGGAGCUGGUGGUCCCUGGGGGAAGGAGCAUCCCUCUGGCCAGCUCAGCAGGAAGGGAACUGCGAGGGGAGUCUCAGCCCAGCUCUUAUGUGAAGAAACAACUCAGCACAAGUGGGAAGUUGGCAGUUCCCCCCUCGGGCCGGGCUGGCUGUGCCCUUGCCAGCCCUGCACUUGCCUGUGCUGGUUGGGGGGUUCUGUGAUGCCCGCCAGCCUCCUACACCCCAAAGUCCAUGUCCCACCAGCCAAAGAGCCACCGCCGUGGCGGGCACCGGCUACACCGACUGUAUCUUCACUCCAAGAGCAAUAGCUGAAGCCCAGGGCCGGCGCCUCAUCCCUUGGAAAGCACAUUGCCCGGCCCCGGGAAGCACACAGCGUGUGCGGGUCCCAGGGAGGUGACCCUGUGCUCAGCACCAGCUCCUUGCCUCUGUCCCACGCGCGGGGGACAGCCCUGCCCCUACCUCCCGGGAGAUGCUGUGAGGCUGAGUGAAUGUCCCUAAAGCACUUUUGGUUUUCCAGUGAACGGCAACGCUGCUGCCUUCCAACCCCAUCCCCGUUAGGAGCUUCCAGGGAGUUAAUGGGUGAUUCCCAAAACCCAAGCUGUCCCCAGCAGCCCGGACAAUCAGGUGCAAAGGAGCAGGCGGCACCCGCAGCCUGCGCCCGGUGAUGCUCCCAUCGUAGCCUGCAGGAACCCGGGCUCUGGAGGGACCCCGAAGCCGUAGCUCUGCUUUUCACUGUGCUCACAAAGCCCAGCGGUGACCUGGUUUGGAGCUGGACCCGCGGCGCUCCGGCUUCCCGGAACGCUGCUGCAAAUGGAAAUAUGCAGGAAAGUUGCAAGCCAAACAGCCCGAAGGCUGGAGCGAAACCCACCCGAUCUAUGCAAUCCAGGGGAGCAGCUCGCCCUCGCUCUGCGUUUACCUCGGUGCUGAUGCUGACUGUGCAGCCGGGAGCAGUGGUCGGAGCAGCAACACCACGACACAGCUCCGUGCAGGUGAUUCCCUCCCCAUCCCCUGGCCCAGGGUGCUGGCUCAGGCCUCUGCUGUGGCCCACGUUCCCUUGCAGCCCUUGGGAAGUGGCAGGUUGGUUUGUGGACCUGGGAAUCCACACACACGGAAUGUGUAUCCUACGUGUUGGCCAGGAGCAAUGUCUGGAUUUCAGGAUUUCUCCUCCACCGAUGGGUCCUGGCAAUGGGGAGUGAAUGGGAACCAGCCAACGGGUAACUCAAGGGGCUGAAAUGCUUCUGCCCGGAGCUGGAGUUUCGCUUGAGGGCAGGCAGCUUGCACAGAGCAGCAUGGAGCUGUACUCCUGCGCCUGCAGGGCCUGUUCCUCAUGCCAUGGGCAGCACUGACCCGUGGUGCCACUGCUGCACCCCUGCCACAGAGGACAGGAGCACGAGGAAGCCCCUGGGUACGGAUUCAUCUGCUCAGGACAACCAGAGAAGGAGGAGAGGGGAGAGGGCACCGGAGAAGAGCAAGCUUGAAUGGAAGGCUGGGGGUAGAGACAACCGAGAGGUCUUACAGGGGUGGUGGGAGAUGUGGCUCGGAGAUGAGCUGAGGGAGGGAAGGCUCCAGCAGCAGAGGCUUCGGCAGGGACAGGAGAUGGUCCCCGAGCCCAGGGGACACGCGCAGCCCGCACCCCGCAGGGCAGGAGGAAGGACACGGCUCCCGCCGCAUCGCAGUGCCAAGCAGCCCGUGGCCAGCCUGGCUCCAGCCCUCCCCUGCUCACCUCACUGUGCUCGCCCCGGGCUGGCCGCCAUCAGCCCUGGCUGCAGCAGGGGAGGACGGUCCCCUCCGGUGCCCACCAGCCUCGGGAGCUGGGAGCAGCCACGCUCCAGCCUGCAGGAGCCAUUGGACA